AUGCCCCUACCGGCUGUCACGCGGCGAUGGCCAGCGCCAGGUGCCCAGAUCUGCCGGCGAUGUGCGCGUCAGCUGUUUCUGGAGCCGCAACGGCGCAACGUCACGGGCAAGUCGUUUGCCAAGUACGGGCCCAAGUACCAGGCCAAGAUCGACCAGGCAGACGCGGAGUGGGAGACGCGGGCGGCCCUGAUCGAAGGCGGGGGGGCCAAGGCGAUGUGGGACAUCUUUGAGGAGCGCGGCUAUGUAAAGGAUGUUGCAGGCAACCGGGAGGACAUCCGGAAGCUGCUGACGCAGAAGCGCAUCGGGGCAUACGUGGGCAUCGACCCGACGGCGCCGUCGAUGCACGUGGGCCACCUGCUGCCGCUGAUGCCGCUCUUCUGGAUGUACAUGCACGGCUACCGGGCGGUGACGCUGCUGGGCGGCGCCACGGGCAAGAUUGGCGACCCGACAGACCGGCUGCAGAGCCGGGCCGAGCUGAAGAACGCCACGGUGGCCAUGAACAUGGUCAAGAUGCACUACCAGCUCAAGAAGCUGUGGGUCAACGUGGAGGCGCAGGCGCGCCGCUACGGCUACGAGAAGACGUGGGCCUGGCGUCGCGGCGUGCUGCAGAACGGUCACUGGUGGAACAAGCUGCCGAUGCUCGAGAUCCUGCAGCGUCUGGGCGCCGGCCUGCGCAUCGGUCCCAUGCUCUCGCGCGACACCGUCCGCCGCAAGCUGACCGAGGGCGACGGCAUGUCCUUUGCCGAGUUCUCCUACCCGCUCAUGCAGGCCUGGGACUGGUGGCACAUGUACAUCAGCCAGGGCAUCCAGAUGCAGAUCGGCGGCUCCGACCAGUACGGCAACAUCGUCACCGGCGCCGACGCCUUCAAAAUCAUCCGCGCCUCCGAACCAAAUCCGGCCUUGAAGCUGUCCUCCGGCCUCUUGCACGAUCCUGUCGGUUUCACCGUCCCCCUCCUCACCGACAGCUCCGGUGCCAAGUUCGGCAAGUCCGCUGGAAACGCCAUCUGGCUCGACCGCUUCCAGACUCCCACCUUUGAUCUCUACGGCUACUUCGUCCGCCGCCCCGACGCCGACGUCGAGGCCCUGCUGCGCCUCUUCACCUUCAUCCCACUCGACCGUAUCACCGCCCUGAUGGAGGACCACACCGUCGAUCCUGCCCGCCGUCUCGCCCAGCAUACCCUCGCCUUCGAGGUCGUCGCUCUCGUUCACGGCCUCGAGCUCGCCACCGAAGCCCGCGACCGCCAUCGGGCCAUGUACGAUAAGAAAAAGCUGACUAAUCAAAACGACGGUGACGACGCCAUCAUGGCCACCACCUCCGCCACCACUGUGGCCACAGACGCAUACCCCCGUACGCUCAACCAGGCGCCUCAGGUUGACCUGCAGCUGCCGGCGGCGCUCUUCCGCGCCGGCAAGGUGGCCCGCAUCCUGUACGCGGCCGGCAUGGUCAAGAGCGUGUCCGAGGGCAACCGGCUGGCCAUCCAGAAGGGCGCCUACGUCGGGGCGUCACCCGGCCAGACAGCUCACCACAACAAGGGCAUGCCGCUGACCCAGGUCGACUUCACGCCCGUGCACCUCUGGUACCCUGAGGACACUAAGAACUUUAUCAUCGACGAAAAGUACAUGGUGCUGCGCAAGGGCCAGCACAAUGUGCGCGUCAUCGAGAUCGUCAGCGACGAGGAGUGGGAGGCGUCCGGUCGCACGUAUCCGGGUCAGCCAUAUACCGGCAGGGUGCGCGAGCUGCGCGAGCAACUCAAGAUGCUCAAGGCCGGCCUCAGCCAGAUCGACGGGAAGAACGGGAAGAACGGGAAGAACGGGAAGGACGGGAAGAGCGGUGGUGAUGGUGAUGGUGGUGACGACCAAGGCAAAUUGGUCUUCCCCGAUGAGAAGACAGAACAGGUGCGCGCCCUCGAGGAGGACAUUCGGCAAGAGCUGUUGCGUCAGGACGGGAAAUGA